AUGCUGAUGUGUUAUCCAAUAGGCCAACGACGAUUCCCGCUUCCUCGAGUCGAUCUCUACAGUACCGGCAUGAUGAGACACUUCAUCCCACCACACAUAUCUCUCACGCCCACAGAAAAGCUCAAACUCAUCGAGCAGAUCGUUGCCAAGAAAUCAACAGAAGAUAUCGCAUGGCAUGAACGUCAAGUCGUACCAUUCAAGCACAAGCUCGAUCGGCUGCCUACCCUCACCAAAAUAUGGCGCCAGAAUGAGAAGACCGACAACGGUAGACCGUACCAUACUCCUCCUGCAUCCGAGUAUGGCGAUGACGAUGUUGAUGAGGAAGAUUUUGCGGUUCAAGAGGGUGCAGCUAUAAUUGAGGAGGGAUAUGGAGCUGGUGAUGGAUUCUCCUCGGAUGGAGAGGUGAUUGAAGAUGAAUAUGGAUACAAUACCGGCACCACCGAUCAGGAUCAAGCUGAGACCGACAUUGGCGGUCGUGUUCGGUACAGUAGCAAUAUUCCCGAAGCCGUCUAUGCAGUAGAUGAGAACGGCGUCGUUCAUCGCCAAGUCUAUAACGAGCAAGACAGUCCCGUUGAAGAUUACGGCUUUGAACCAUACACUGGAGGAAACAUCUACGAUGGGCUCGGCCUACCGAUGGGCUAUUCGAACGGUGUUGAUGGUCCUGGAGAUGGCGUGCGUCCUCCACCUGGUGGAUGGUUGUUUGAUCAAGUUGCGCUGAGGGAGCGUGGAGCAUGGGCUGAGAUUCUUGAUGAGAUCGACUUUGUGGUUGAUGCUGAGGCCUAG